AGAAGCUGCCUUGAGAUUUCUAAAAUUCAGACAAAAACCUCCUGAGUAAGGAAGCUCACCAGGUUUGGCUCCUGAUCUUUAGGGAUGGACCCAGAAGCAACCUCGGCUUAUUUGGAUUAUUUCUAUGCUACAAGCCAAAAUCCUGACAUUGAGGAGACCCACUCCCCUGCGCCUUACACAUCUGUCUUCCUCCCCGUCUUUUACACAGCUGUGUUCCUGACUGGAGUGUUGGGGAACCUCGUCCUCAUGAGCGCACUGCAUUUCAAACGGGGCAGCCGAAGACUGAUCGACAUCUUUAUCAUCAACCUGGCUGCCUCUGACUUCAUUUUCCUUGUCACCUUGCCUCUCUGGGUGGAUAAGGAAGCGUCGUUGGGACUGUGGAGGACAGGCUCUUUCCUGUGCAAGGGCAGCUCCUACGUGAUCUCAGUCAACAUGCACUGCAGCAUCUUCUUGCUUACCUGCAUGAGUGUUGACCGCUACCUGGCCAUCGUGUGUCCAGCCAUAUCCAGGAAAUUCAGAAGGAGAGAAUGUGCGUAUGGAGUCUGCGCCAGUGUCUGGUUUAUCUCCUGCCUCCUGGGCUUGCCUACUCUUCUGUCCAGGGAGCUCACCCUGAUCGAUGACAAGCCAUACUGUGCAGAGAAAAGGGCCACUUCACUUAAGCUGGCUUGGGCCUUGGUGGCCUUAAUUUUUACCUUCUUUGCCCCUUUGGUGAGCAUCGUGACCUGCUACUGUUGCAUCGCAAGGAAGCUGUGUGCUCACUACCAGCAGUCGGGAAAGCACAACAGAAAGCUGCGGAGAUCCAUCAAGAUCAUCUUUAUCGUCGUGGCGGCCUUUGUCUUCUCCUGGCUGCCCUUUAAUACUUGCAAGCUCCUGGCCAUUGUUUCUGGGUUGCACCAAGAACUCUACAUUUCCCCAGCUUUUCUGCAGCGGGGCAUGGAGGUGAGCGGGCCCUUGGCGUUUGCCAACAGCUGCGUCAACCCCUUCAUUUACUACGUCUUUGACAGCUACAUCCGCCGGGCCAUCGCGCGCUGCCUGUGCCCUUGCCUGAAAAACUAUGACUUUGGGAGCAGCACGGAGACCUCAGACAGCCACCUCACUAAGGUUGUCUCCAACUUUGUUCAUGCUGAGGAUUUUGCCAGGAGGAGGAAGAGGUCUGUGUCACUCUGAAGGUGACUGGGACAUUUCAAGCUCUGUUGGUGGAUUGGAGAGUUGAUUUGUCAGCAACAAAGAAAGAAGAAAAGUAUUGCUGAUGGUAUUUGUAUUACUUCAUAAAUACAAGAGUUGAGUUUUAUGGAGAUGAUUGAGAAGUCCCUAUGUUUGUGGAUAUAAUCGGGCCGGGUGUGUUUUUAGCUGAGUGGCCUUAUUCGACGUUUGCCCAUCAAGUUCACGAGGCACGACGCAGCUCCUCUGUGUCCCUAAACUCCAAGAGCAAGGCUGCUGUGGGGACCAGGUCCUUUCUCUCUGAGUGUUAACACACUUUCAGGCCUUUUCCUCUCCCAAGAACCAAGGUACCUUCAUCCACCCACCCCAAGUGGACUACCUUUAAAGGAUUCUGCCCACUUUCAUCUGGUGAGAAAUGUGGUGACAAUGCAGGUAGCAAAAAGUACAAUAUGCUUGUGCUCUGUAAUUACUUGUGCCUGUGUAACAAGUAAGGUCCUGGCCUAAAUCUUUAAAACUCUGUAUGGUGACUCUCUACCAUCUCCAAUGUUGUCUUUCACCCUCUGCCAUUCACAGUACCUCUGGACUGGCCACAAGCUCCUGGGGAGAGAAUCAUUUUGUGUUGUAUUUAUGACUUACUUUAUCACCUGGUCUUCUAGAGUAUUUUAACAAGAAAGCAUAGGGCAAGGUUUGACCUUUAUUUUCUUUACAAGAUAUGUUGGUAAAAAUAUAUCUUGUUAUAAUGGUGCAGUAACUACUUUUUAGUGGGGUUUCACUAUGCUCUUUUGUUUUCAUUGCCUUUACAAAUUAGGAUAUGAUUUUACUUUAAUUACAUGUUUUUAAUGACCCAGUUAUCUAGUUAUCAAAUGGAAAUGUUACUACUAAUAUAAUUGGAGGUCAUCAAAUGCUUAGCUACACCCUCAUGCGAAUUAUUAUUUUGUAUUUUAAUUAAAAUGUUAGUGCUACACAUUCCCUAUAGCAUCAUUUGCUCAGUGCAUAUAAUUUCAAGAUUUGGUCCAGUAAUAUAGGAAGACAUGAUGCUCUGUGUUCAGCUGAAGUGAAAAAUCUGUAACAAAGAUGUUACUGGUAUUUUAUAUACAUUUUUCCAAACCCAACGACCUUCCUGAAUUCCUUCUCCCAAUAUUUAUUGAGUCGAUUUUUACCUAUAUUCCUUUUAAAGACUUUGAAAUGAAAAGCAAGUAAUUAGCAGCAACCACAAAAGGCUUUACAGCAGCAACAUACUAUUGAACAAACGUCUUUUGAUUCAGGAGAAAAUGGGUUAUGUUUUUACCCCUACCGUUGACUCAAAUGCAUGGUUUGAAAAUCAGGAAAAGCUUAAAAUCUUUUCAGAGACUAGGUAAUUCAAAUUUAUCCUAUGUAUCUUUUUUUUUUUUUUGAGGAAGAUUGGCCCUGAGCUAACAUCUGUUGCCAAUCUUCCUCUUUUUUUCUUUUUUUCUCCCCAAAGCCCCCAGUACAUAGUUGUAUAUCCUAGUUGUAGGUCCUUCUAGUUCUUCUAUGUGGGACACUGCCUCAGCAUGGCUUGAUGAGUGGUGAGUAGGUCCACACCCAGAAUCUGAACCAGCAAACCCCAGGCUAACAAAGUGGAACGCUCGAACUUAACCACUAUGCCACUGGGCCAGCCCCAUAUGUAUCUUUCACAUUCAGAGAAAUCUCAAAUACUGGGCAUCUUCUUACAUU